CAACCUCGUGGCCCAGGCACCAGCUCAGUGCCCAGUGGAACCCGGACAACCUUAGAGGCUAGAGCGAGUCAGCGUCCAAAAACAAAAAGGGUUCCUGGCGAGUCGCGACUCGCGACAAGAAAAAGUGCUCGGGCUCCACUUUAGUUGCGCCUUCGCUCCUGAGAGGCCUGAUCGACACCGCCGGCCCCCCUUGGGACGGCAGAGAUGAAGACGAAGGGAAACUUGCUGAGGGUUGAAAGGGCCUGGAUGAAUGCAGGAGGGAUAUUUCGGGGUGCUCCGCACGGAGGAGAUCGUCAGAGGGGAGACCGAACAACGGGAAUGGUUACCAGCAUGGAGUGGAACCAACCCUUUAUCAACUUCGGGACUCCCGACGGAGAAGUGUACAUUGAAACACUACACUUUCGCAGUGCCAAACUGGGUACUCGGGCUGAAUUCCAAGUCAAGACUCGCCGCAUCCAUGGUGAACUUGUGGGCAAACCCCCUGAACCACAAAACCAGACUUUGGACUUACGAAUCCUCCAUCCGCACUGGAGACACUACGCACUAGCGGCGUCGUACUGGGCCCGGGCGCCUCCUGAAUGGCCCUCGCGUGGGUCUAGCUCGGGGGCUAACACCGUGGGAGAUGCCCGCGAUCGACCAUUUCCCUUUGAGACUGGGGUCGGCCAGCAUUAUUGACAUUGACAAUUGUCGACUGGACUCGGGGGGUCUCCCUUCUGGAAUCAUUCUAUCUUCCUUCUCCCGGACCACCAACUAUCCACGCCGGUUCCAACUUGUCUCUACUCCAGAAUUCAAAUACUCAAUUUCUGUACUCCAUACCUGAACCAGAGCAUCUCCAACCCAUCUCACAACCUCCCGAUUAUUGAGUGCGGGCGAUGAGGACAGGGCAUCAGCCCCUCUGAAACUCGAUGACAACCCUCAGUGAUCGCAAACCUCUGAUUUGAACCAGAAUGGCGGCAGAUACGGGCUUUCUGCCCACGAUCAAAUGCUCCAACUGUGGAAACAAUGUUGAAAUCUCGGCCAUGGGCGACCAUGUCUGCGCCCCUAUUGACCAUGGCAUGCCGUCAACAACAAUACACUCUUCUACCCUGUCGACUCUCGACCCCUCUCACAUAACAUCUCAUGCGACAUCUCCUCCCUCACCACCCCCGUCUGCCGGCCUGGAUGCUCCAGACCAAUUGACCGUGGCUAUGGCUGGUAAACCCGGUCGGCCUGGAGCACCCCCUCGCAUCGACCCUGCGAUCGCCAAUCGCGCAUUCCUCCAACCGACUGUGCCUACGCCGGCGAGUAGUGUUGGAUCGCAUCUACCAUCCCCCCUUUCAAUUCACUCGGCUCCUCGAUCUCCAAUGCAUUUAUCAGUGUCCAACUCACAAGUGUCUCCCGAUGACGAGUCGGUGCUCGAUCUGAAUACGGUAUUCUCCUUUCCCAUGCCCGGUCGCCGGUCGCCGGCUCUAGUUGGAACGCCUGCGAUGAAAUACGAACCCCCGGCACGGUCACCAGCCCGCCCAGCCCCGACUCCAUCCCCGCGACUCGGAUCAGAUCUGGUGCCGGAGGAUAUCCAGCUCCCACCUAGUCCCCUUCCACCCCAAACGGAGUUCGCACAUGGUGGACACAGUCGCGGUGAUUCAAUGGCUAGUCACAGUAGCUACCGUACGUCGCUGGCUAGUACCCGCUACGAGGGCUCAACUGCACGAUCAUCAACUCAUAGCUUCUCUCGGGGGCUACGCUCAUUCAUGGAUGACACUCCGCCCAUGCCUCCGGCGCCCCUUCGCACGCCAAACAAGGCAUCAUUUUCCUCAGACUCGAAUUCAAACUUGUCGACCAGUUCUUCCUCCCAGGAUGCCCGUGGGGAAACCUACAGUGGAUUCGAUUUCGGUAUUUCUCCGGCUCACACUCCUACUGGGCUGCAUGAUCUCCCAGAAGAACCCAACCCUGAUCCGAUUGUCGUCGACCAAGAGCGAAAAUACCUGGCCUAUUCACCGAGCCUCUUGCAACCCGCCAAUGCGGAAGCCGGAGGAAGCGACGCUCCUAGGAAAGCUUCUGACGCAACGAGCGAAAGUGCUAUUUCAAUCACCAAUUUCGCGCGUGCUUUGGGUCUGGAUGACCAUCAAGUUGAGCAACCAGAGGGCUCGACUUCUUCAGAAUCGUCUCCGUCCGACACCCGCAGUGGAAGUUAUAGCGGAAGUUCCAUGUCCAGCCUGCCAUCCGAUACCAGCUUGAACCGGCAUAAAAGUACGGAUCCUCUGAAUCUGGGUCCUCUGGUGGAGGAACUGCCACCGCGAACACGACAGACUAUUUUGGAGCUGCCAGGCCGGAUCCGCAGUACCAUGGACGAUGUGCCUCCGAUUCCUGCGGUCUUCUUCAGCCCUGAUUCUCCAACCGAUCCCGCAAUUGGCCAAGGUAGUCUGUCUCUGAUUGCUGAGAGGCGUGAGGAAGGGAUACGCCCACGGCAGCAACAGCAACAGCAGCAGCAGCAACCGUCCCCACCGCCACCUCCGCAGCAAGAUGAAAUCCAGGAUCCCUCUCCACUUCGGCGACCUAUGCAGCGAUCUGCGACGGAACCAAUUCCUCGUCCUCCAACCCGCUCCGCAGCUCGCUCUAAGGGUGAUUGCAAGGGUUGUGGCGAAACCAUCACCGGCAAGUCCAUCUCCUCCUCGGACGGCCGCCUAACUGGGAGAUACCACCGCGGAUGCUUUGUCUGUUUUGAAUGUCACUCCCCCUUCCCAUCCACCGAUUUCUACGUCCUCAACAACCGACCCUAUUGUGCCCAGCACUACCACGAAAGGAACGGCUCCUUGUGUUCAACUUGCCAGAACGGUAUCGAGGGUCAAUACCUCGAGACCGUCGAGCGCAAUGGCGGUCGACCCGAGCGACGCCGUUUCCACCUGGAGUGUCUCCAAUGCCGAACGUGUCAUGUCUCACUUAAGGGGGACUAUUUCGAGUGGAAUGGUGAAGUCUACUGCGAACAGGAUGCUCGGCGUGCUGCUAAUGCCUAUUACCGUCCUCCCGGACCCCCCGGAGCCCCCGGAUCAUUGAGACCUCCAGGACCACCUGGGCCACCUGGUCGUCGUCGACCCACGAUCGGGUCUUCCCCUCUGGCUCAAUCUCGUGCGUACCCUCCCCCUGCGGGAUACAGGCCUCCCCCCUCGCCAUCGCCGAGUAGUGGGGGUCUUCGUUCCGGUCCUCGUCCCCCCUCUGGAGGAGGCGCCAGACGUUUUCCGGAGCGGAGAACCACCAGGCUCAUGAUGAUUUGAGCUGUGGGAAUUCGGCUGCAAAUUUUCCAUUUUCGGCAGUCCUCAGCGACCGGACUGUACACCACUUCUUUCGCUUGUCACUCGACGUGACCCCAUUCUUAUUCCCCCGAGCUUGAUUUUUUCUUUACUCCGCUUGCUCGGAAUCGUCGUUCGUUUUAUUAGAUUGCUUUAUACCCUCCAUGCCCUUGUGUUUGGCUUUUGCCGAUGAUAGCGUUGAUCGUUCUUUCUUCUGCAUCUGGACUGAUGUCCACUGUAUUCCAUUCUCAUUCUAUUCACCCCUUUUUUUUGUGCGUUGCCUUUUCAAUUGCGUUGUCUUGGGAUUGGAAUCAUCCUUCAUCCGCGCCGGUGUUUCUCACCUUUAUAUUAUGGUCAUGUCGCCAUGUUACCAACGUGUAUUCUUCUCUCUUGGUGCGGUGUUUUGUUGGUGGUUUAUAUAAUUUUAACUCCCCCUGCUUUGUGCUUCGAACAGACUCGAAUGAACUUGAUAAUGUUUCUAGUAAGAAUACUCAGCAAUUCUAUAUCUACAAUGUAUUUGCAGUAGGGUAAUCGUCUCACUUGACUUUCGCAAGGAUCAAGGCAUAAUCAUCCCAUCACGCAUCCUUCCUCUCGAUCUGCACCCUCUUCACACCAACAUGAUACUUCCGCUUCAGUAUCCACCCAAACAACACCACAAUAACAACCACCAACCAGAUCUGCACCCUCUGCCGAAAACUCAAUUCAUCAACAACCAACUCUGGAUUAACUAAUACCCCAUCCUUGUCCUUUCCACUCUUCUCCGCCUCCCACGCGUCACGAACUCGCCCAUACAGCGCCGGAUCAUCAGUGAUAAUCCCCUGCACACCUUGCCGAAUCCCCCACCGCAUUAAAUUCGGCGCAUUGACCGUCCACAAGAACACCUUGCGCUGCGCGGCGCGCGCUUCCUCUAAGAAGCCCCGCCCUAAUGGACCCAUUAGGAUUAAUCGGUUGACGUUAAAGGAUAUGUUGGGGGUGUGCAAGAAUUGGCGGGCGUGUUUUAGGUCGAACAAGCAUAUUAAGGAUAAUUCGUAGGUGGGGAGGUAUUUGUUGCGGAAGGGAAUGUAGGCUGCGGACCAGCAGCCGAGGACGAUGCGGUUAUGCCAGGGCCGGCUUGUUGGGGAGGGUGGCACCGAGGAGAUUGUUUGGGAGAUGCGGUGCAUUAUCGUUUCG